GAAAGCAUUACUUCACCAUGAAGCUCUUGGUUGUAAUCGCAACAGUUGUGGUUACGUCAUCAGCGGUUCCUCAGGGUUAUAACCUGGGUAGCCCAGGACCAGGUUUUGGAUUUGGAGGUUCAGGUUUUGGAGGAGGUUCAAGUUCAGGUUUUGGAGCAGGUUUAGGCUCAGGUUUUGGAGGAAGUUCGGGCUCUGGUUUUGGAGGAGGUUUAGGCUUCUCGGGAAGAUGUGGCCCCGGACAGGUAUCACAUGUUGGCAGAUGUGUCAGCCCAAUUGUCACCCGAAAAGUCUACCUGUACGACGCACCACCUGCGCCACCAGUUCCCCAUGGUCCUCCACCUUACAUUCCUGAGCCAACCAUUGAUACAAACAUUGUGUUCAUCCAAACACCUGAACAAGGUCCAGGACCAGAACCCAUCGUCAUACCUCCACCACAAACGCGAAGCGUCGUCUAUGUCCUUAACAGACAGAGGCCAGAACAACCGGAGGUGAUCGAAGUCCCAGCACCUCCAGCAACUAGCCCUGAAGUUUUCUUCGUGAACUACGCUGACGGUGAGAACCCAGUUCUUCCGAGCGGUGUCGAUCUACAGACUGCCUUGAAUGCUGCUUCCCAAGGAGGUGGUCAAGUGAUUGGAGGAGGUGCCGGCGGUGGUUUCGGAGGCAGCGCUGGAGGUUUCGGAGCGGGAGCUGGAGUUAUCACAGGUGGCGCUGGAGGUUUCGGAGGCGGUGCAGGGGGUUUCGGAGGCGGCGCUGGAGGUUUCGGAGGCGGUGCAGGAGGUUUCGGAGGCGGCGCUGGAGAUAGUGGUAGUUUCGGAGGAAGUGGCGGAGGAUUCAGCGGAGUCACCGGUUCCGUUUCAUCACCAUCGAGUCUUUAUACAGCACCAUAACUUUCCCCCUUCCAGAUAGUCACAUUCUGAUGUUGUUGUUGUUGUUUUUAAUGGGACAUAAAUAAAAAACAUAUCAUUGUUAUAGAAUAGCAAAUCAAUCAACUUUGUACAGUAUAUUCUUGUAAUAAAAAAGAAA